AUGGAGCGCCACAGGCAAGCCGUCAAGGCCAUCUCGACCGCCGUCCGCGGCUACUUUGAGCGCUCAGAGCCCUACCGCAUCUUCCACGGCUCGACAAACUCGACGCGUCCACGACCCAAGCCCGGCCAGCCCCAGGCCCGCUUUGUCGACAUUUCGAGCCUCAACAAUGUGCUCAGCGUCGACCGCGCGCAGAAGAUUGCGCUCGUGGAGCCCAACGUGCCCAUGGACCGAUUAGUGGAGCACACCCUCCGGCAUGGGCUCGUGCCGCCGGUGGUGAUGGAGUUCCCCGGCAUCACAACGGGUGGCGGCUUCGCAGGCACGGCGGGCGAGAGUUCGAGUUUCAAGCAUGGCUUCUUUGACGAGACGAUAAAGUCCGUCGAGAUGGUACUGGGCAAUGGAGAGGUCGUCAAGGCCAGUCGGGAGGAGAGGGCGGAUCUGUUCCACGGGGCGGCUGGUGCGGUCGGCACGCUGGGCACGACGACGCUGAUCGAGCUGCAGCUCAUGGACGCCAAGAAGUAUGUCCAGACGACGUACCACCGCGUCGGCUCUGUCAAGAAGGCGGUGGAGAAGGUGAGGAAAGAGACGGCCAACCUGGACAAUGACUACGUCGACGGCAUUGUCUUCUCGCCGACCCACGCUGUCAUCGUCACCGGCAAGCUCACCGACGAGAAGCCGACCGCGGAGCCGAUCCGCACAUUCUCAGGCGCUUGGGAUCCGUGGUACUACAUGCACGUGCAAGAGCGCUCGGCGACCGUCGAGGCGGCCACCGACUACAUCCCCCUGGGCGAGUACCUCUUCCGCUACGACCGCGGCGGCUUCUGGGUCGGCGCCUCGGCGUUCAAGUACUUCUGGAUGGUACCCUUUAACCGCUUCUUCCGCUGGUUCCUCGACGACUUUCUGCACACCCGCAUGCUCUACCGCGCCCUCCACGGCUCGGGGGAGUCUGCUCGCUUCGUGGUGCAGGAUCUCGCGGUGCCGUACGACAAUGUCGAGACGUUCGUCGACUACACGGCCGAGAACUUUGACAUCUGGCCGCUGUGGCUGUGCCCACUCAAGCAGGCCCCGGCCCCUACCUUCCAUCCCCACAACAAGAACGAGGUGAACGCCGACGGGACGCCCAAGGAGAUGCUCAACAUUGGCCUGUGGGGCUGGGGCCCCGUCAACGCCGAGGCCUUUGUCCACAAGAACCGCGCCCUAGAGGACAAGCUCGUGCAGCUCGGUGGCAUGAAGUGGCUAUACGCGCACACCUACUACUCGCCCAACGAGUUCUGGGCGCUGUAUGAUGAGAAGUGGUACACGGCGCUGCGUGAGAAGUACCACGCCAUAACCCUGCCCAGCGUGUACGAUAAGGUCAAGGUGGACGUGGACCGGAGACGGAGGGAGCUAGGCGAGUGGCGGCAGCGCGUCAAGAGCCUGCGGCCGCUAGGUGGUCUGUACGGUAUCGCCAAGAGCAUCAAGAGCGGCGACUACUGGCUGCAUAGAAACGCGACUUGGAAGUACAAGGAGAAGAAGGAGUAG